GGCAGAAUCGGUCGACGCUAGUGCGCUGGCGCUGAUCAAAACUUGUAAAGCAGUCACUCCAUGCCUUAAAACGAAAGAGCUUAAUCGCUGUCACCACACGCAAAGUACGUAGGUGUCGAACGUUCCCACUCAUUCGAUCAAGCAGUCUCUCGCGCGGAUCUGUUCUCGGGUUGGGUCCGUCCGUAGAUUGAAAAGACCUUCGCGCGACAGUCACCGAGUUCGCGGGUUGAUAUUUAAUUGAAUGAAUUUCGAAAACUCCGCUUAGUUGAGUCGUACUCGUGGAACAGUGAACAAGUGAUCUCUCUCCGGACUUGCCGUGACGGUUCGCGCAGCUAGUGUAGUGUACCUAUAAAUUACCUUCUACUAAGAAGAUUGAGGAAAAAGUGAUACUUUUGUGGCGUUUUUGUGGAGCAACUGAAACGAAUUACCUCAUCAUAGCAAUCUGAGAGAAGUUGCGGGUGAAAAAAGCAAAUAACAGCGGAGGCGGAGAAUUUUCUGAAUAGAUUAGCAAGUGCCUACUUGAUGCGGAUGCAUGGCAUGUGAUGCAAAGUGCUGAGCUAUAAGUGAUUAAAUUAAUUGAAUACAUCUGAGAAAAAUUUACAAAAGUGAUUACAAAUCGAUUAAAACGAUUGGGGUGAAAGUGUUUACAAGAUGGGAAUAAAAAAGCGUGAUGAACGGGAUAAGUUGAAGAGUCAGAGUUUGAUUGACUCUGAAAAAAUAAUUCACUCUGUAGCUGGUGGAACGGAGCUCAGUACAACUGGUACGGAUGUACAUCAGCAAGGUUCUUCCACGACAUAUACUAGCAGCAGCACUAGCAGUAGCAGUAAAACGCAAAAAGCGUCGUCCAGUUCAACUAGUAAAAAUGUGAUUGAACAUGUGGCAGUUAGUGGUGCACACGAUAUGUCGCAAAAAAUGAGUGAAUCAAAGACCAACAUGGGCGGGGGCACAAGUGUAAAAGAAUCGCAACAGGGUCACAAGUUCAGUGAAUCGAAAAGUCAGAUUGGGUCGAAACAAAUCGAUAAUAUAAUUCAAGAAAUAAAGUAUAUAGCCAGUGACACGGUUGACUCAACAAAACGUAUUUCAACCGUUCAAAAAGUCAGUGAUAGUUCCAAAAGUGACAAAGAACUACGCGAAGCUUUGACCAAUUUCGACGAAGUAGCGAAAGCAACAAUAUCAGACAUUCAAGGUUCGACGAAAAGCCAUAUCAGUGGGAACGUGUCGAGUGUAUCAAAAAGCAUGUCCAGUAGCAAAAUGGUGCAAAGUGGCAGCUCCAGUUCCACAGUUAAUAACAGUGCCAUAAAAACGCAUCAGUCUUCGAUGAGCAGUAGUGAAAAAAUGAUAAGUGAUCAAAGUUCUUCUAGCGCGCAGCAAACGAGUAGUUCGUUAAUGAAAUCAAGCAACAUGACAUCAUCGAAAACACAAUCGUCAUCCACGUCGAAUACGAUCCUGGAUUCUUCAACAUUCCAUUCGGACAGUGCCGAUAUAAAAAUGUUAAAGUCAGAUUCCAAUGCAAAAGACACAAAACUGACAAUCGGGAGUCAGUUAAGGGACUUGGGAGGAGAUCAUUCCAUUUUACAACAAUCUAGCACUUAUCACGUUGAUGGUUCAGGCGGAAAGCACUAUGCCGACAGUCAGAGCUACUCUAUGGCGGAGAAAAAUGCUCCAACAACAGAGAUCAUCUAUGAUUCUGCCGGUAAUAAAAUCACCAACACGAAGUCAUCGUCAAAGUCUGCCCAAGGAUUUUCGUCGUCAACAUUCCAAACUAGUGGUGGUACAUAUAUUGGACCCUCCGGUGAAAACGUGAUUCAAAGCAGCUCUAGCACUCAUGAUUCUAAACAUGCCACGUCCAGCUCAUCUACGUACAUGUCCACAUCCGCAUCAGACCAGAAGAUCUCAUCGAGUUCCAAUAAAUCUAUCAGUGCUCAUCAAAACACAAACUUAAAGAGUUCUGUAAUAGAUUCCACGUCUCUAGAAAAUUAUAAAAUCCAAGACUCAAGUCAGCAAGUAGACAAUAACAUGUUAACUAGAGACGUCUCCGCGCAUACAAUCAGCAGUUUGUCUUCAGCGCAUGACUCUUUGGGAAAUACGAUUCAAAGCACGCAAUUAGCCACAGAAUCAUCUCAAGACACUUCCUCACACCUGAAUCAGCAUGCUGAAAGCACUAAAACGUACGAAAGUUCUUCCCAUUUUGAGAAAAUGGACGAGAAAAGUAGCUCCCGCAAGAAGGUCACCGAUUUCUACGAGCAGCGCGAAUCUAACUCCUCCAUCCUGAAGCGCAAGACCUACGACGAGAAGGUGAGACGCCUUAAUCUGAUCGACCAGAAAAUUGUCCCCAAGGAUGUGAUUAUCCAGGAUAUUCAGGAUGACGUAACAAAUGUCACGCGAACAUCUUUCGAAGCGAAACUGUUUAAUCCGAAAACGAAACGUUGGGAGCUGGUUGACCAGAAAACCAUCCUCGAAAAGGACAUCACUGUUUCUAUUCCCGAGGAAAUCGUUCACGAACUUGAGGUGGAACGCCCCGAACUGGCGAACAUUACAACAACGAUCCAAUUAACCAAGGUUUAUGAUGCGAAAACUAAGCAAUGGACGACAGUAGAUCAGAAAAAGCACACAGAUGUGCUGGAAAAAAUAAGUUACCUUGAAGAAAGCAGGGGUCGCACCGAAUUGAAUGAGUCGGAGCGAGUAAAGAACCUGCAGUCUAUUGACACAGUUGAUAAAGUCAUCAUCAAAGAUAGAAGUGAUCUUAAUAAGCUGAAUCGGCAAUCCGAGAAAGUUGUCAAGGAGCAAUGCAUCUGUGAGAUCUGUACCUGUGGUCGUCACAAUUGCUUCAACUGCGGUAGUGGAACAACUCAGAAAACGUCGUCAUCAAAGCUUGCUACUGUUAGUACUACAGAAAACUUCUAUCAGCAAGAAUCCUCUCAAGUUAAUGAAGAGAGCACGUUUGUUCGACGUCGGACUUGGACAAAAGAAGACGCCGAGGAUUAUCUAAGUCGCGUGGAGUCUUCGUCCAUUGAGCGAAGCAGCACUGAACAGAACGUCUCCAACCGGAGACUCACGUGGACCAAAGAAGAUUUUGAAAAUGUUGACAUUGCAAGACUGAAACAAUCCAGCGUUGUAAUUGAAAGACAACAGCCCAUCCGUCAUGAAGAUAACUUGAAACCGGAAGGUGAUUUUGUGAGACCAGAGAAAACGUCUUUCCAACCGGCAGAAAGACCUAAACAAAUUCGUCCAGAGGAUAAUUUACGAACCGAAGGAAUAUUUGAAACUCCUGAAAAGCCAAAAUAUCAGCCUGGUGAAAGACAAAAGCCAAUCCGCCAUGAUGACAACCUUCGACCGGAAGGAGAUUUUGAGCGCCCUGAAAAGAGUCCAUUUAGGCCAGCCGAACGCCCGAAACAGAUUCGACCAGAGGACAAUCUGAGACCAGAAGGAGCAUUCGAGUCUCCCGACAAGCCCAAAUAUCAGCCAGGCGAGAGACAAAAACCAAUUCGACAUGAUGACAAUCUCCGACCUGAAGGAGAUUUCGAGCGUCCUGAGAAAAGUCCAUUUAGACCAGCUGAGCGUCCGAAGCAGAUCCGACCAGAAGACAAUCUUAGACCAGAAGGUGCCUUUGAGUCUCCUGACAAGCCAAAAUACCAACCCGGUGAGAGACAAAAGCCAAUCCGACAUGAUGAUAAUCUCAGACCGGAGGGUGAUUUCGAACGUCCUGAGAAGAGUCCAUUUAGACCAGCUGAGCGUCCGAAGCAGAUACGCCCAGAAGAUAAUCUGAGACCAGAAGGCGCCUUCGAGUCUCCCGACAAGCCAAAAUAUCAACCUGGUGAGAGACAAAAGCCAAUUCGACAUGAUGACAAUCUCAGACCGGAAGGAGAUUUCGAGCGUCCUGAGAAGAGUCCAUUUAGACCAGCUGAGCGUCCGAAGCAGAUCCGACCAGAGGACAAUCUGAGACCAGAAGGCGCCUUUGAGUCUCCCGACAAGCCAAAAUAUCAACCUGGUGAGAGACAAAAGCCAAUUCGACAUGAUGACAAUCUCAGACCGGAAGGAGAUUUCGAGCGUCCUGAAAAGAGUCCAUUUAGACCAGCUGAGCGUCCGAAGCAGAUUCGACCAGAGGACAAUCUGAGACCAGAAGGCGCAUUUGAGUCUCCUGACAAGCCAAAAUACCAGCCCGGUGAGAGGCAGAAGCCCAUCCGUCAUGAUGAUAACCUCAGACCGGAAGGAGAUUUCGAACGUCCUGAGAAGAGUCCAUUUAGACCAGCUGAGCGUCCGAAGCAGAUACGUCCAGAAGACAAUCUGAGACCAGAAGGCGCUUUUGAGUCACCGGAAAAGCCAAAAUAUAAUCAACCGGGCGAGAGGCAAAAACCAAUUAGACAUGAUGACAAUCUCCGACCUGAAGGAGAUUUCGAGCGUCCUGAGAAAAGUCCAUUUAGACCAGCUGAGCGUCCGAAGCAGAUCCGACCAGAAGACAAUCUUAGACCAGAAGGUGCCUUUGAGUCUCCUGACAAGCCAAAAUACCAACCCGGUGAGAGACAAAAGCCAAUCCGACAUGAUGAUAAUCUCAGACCGGAGGGUGAUUUCGAACGUCCUGAGAAGAGUCCAUUUAGACCAGCUGAGCGUCCGAAGCAGAUACGCCCAGAAGAUAAUCUGAGACCAGAAGGUGCCUUCGAGACUCCUGACAAGCCAAAAUACCAACCCGGUGAGAGGCAGAAGCCCAUCCGUCAUGAUGAUAACCUCAGACCGGAAGGAGAUUUCGAACGUCCUGAGAAGAGUCCAUUUAGACCAGCUGAGCGUCCGAAGCAGAUCCGACCAGAGGACAAUCUGAGACCAGAAGGCGCCUUCGAGUCUCCUGACAAGCCAAAAUAUCAACCCGGUGAGAGACAAAAGCCAAUUAGACAUGAUGACAAUCUCAAACCGGAAGGAGAUUUCGAGCGUCCUGAAAGUCCAUUUAGACCAGCUGAGCGUCCGAAGCAGAUCCGACCAGAGGACAAUCUGAGACCAGAAGGCGCAUUUGAAUCGCCCGAAAAGCCAAAAUACCAGCCCGGUGAGAGGCAGAAGCCCAUCCGUCAUGAUGAUAACCUCAGACCGGAAGGAGAUUUCGAACGUCCUGAGAAGAGUCCAUAUAGACCAGCUGAGCGUCCGAAGCAGAUCCGACCUGAGGACAAUCUGAGACCAGAAGGCGCAUUUGAAUCUCCCGAAAAGCCAAAAUAUCAACCCGGUGAGAGACAGAAGCCCAUCCGUCAUGAUGAUAACCUCAGACCGGAAGGAGAUUUCGAACGUCCUGAGAAGAGUCCAUUUAGACCAGCUGAGCGUCCGAAGCAGAUCCGACCUGAGGACAAUCUGAGACCAGAAGGCGCAUUUGAAUCGCCCGAAAAGCCAAAAUAUCAACCAGGUGAGAGACAAAAGCCAAUUAGACAUGAUGACAAUCUUAGACCGGAAGGAGAUUUCGAACGUCCUGAGAAGAGUCCAUUUAGACCAGCUGAGCGUCCGAAACAGAUUCGACCAGAGGACAAUCUGAGACCAGAAGGCGCAUUUGAAUCGCCCGAAAAGCCAAAAUACCAACCCGGUGAGAGACAGAAGCCCAUCCGUCAUGAUGAUAACCUCAGACCGGAAGGAGAUUUCGAACGUCCUGAGAAGAGUCCAUUUAGACCAGCUGAGCGUCCGAAACAGAUUCGACCAGAGGACAAUCUGAGACCUGAGGGGGAUUUUGAACGCCCUCAACCAUCAGUUUACCAUCAAUCAGAGCGAUCGCAAGUUAUUCGACGUGAAGAUAAUCUUUUCCUUGAAGGGUCGUUCGAGAGAACCGAAAAAACUAUUUAUGUGUCUGGUGAACGUUCAAAACCUAUUAGACAUGACGACAACUUGAGACCGGAAGGCGACUUCGAACGUCCAGAGAAGGCUCCAUUCCGACCAGCUGAACGUCCAAAACAGAUCAGACCAGAAGACAAUCUUAGACCAGAAGGAGCAUUCGAAUCUCCCGAGAAGCCGAAAUACCAACCAGGGGAGAGACAGAAGCCUAUCCGUCACGAUGAUAAUCUCAGACCGGAAGGCGACUUCGAACGUCCAGAGAAGGCUCCAUUCCGACCAGCUGAACGUCCAAAACAGAUCAGACCAGAAGACAAUCUUAGACCAGAAGGAGCAUUCGAAUCUCCCGAGAAGCCGAAAUACCAACCAGGGGAGAGACAGAAACCUAUCCGUCACGAUGAUAAUCUCAGACCGGAAGGCGACUUUGAACGUCCUGAGAAGGCUCCAUUUCGACCAGCUGAACGUCCAAAACAGAUCAGACCAGAAGACAAUCUUAGACCAGAAGGAGCAUUCGAAUCUCCUGAGAAGCCGAAAUACCAACCAGGGGAGAGACAAAAGCCUAUACGUCACGAUGAUAAUCUCAAACCGGAAGGCGACUUUGAACGUCCUGAGAAGGCUCCAUUCCGACCAGCUGAGCGUCCGAAACAGGUCAGACCAGAGGACAAUCUUAGACCAGAAGGAGCAUUCGAAUCUCCCGAGAAGCCGAAAUACCAACCAGGGGAGACAAAACGUUCGAAACCUAUUAAACACGACGACAACCUAAGACCGGAAGGUGACUUCGAACGUCCAGAGAAGACUCCAUUCCGUCCAGCUGAACGACCAAAGCAGGUCAGACCAGAGGAUAAUUUGAGACCAGAAGGAGCAUUUGAAUCUCCCGAGAAGCCGAAAUAUCAACCAGGAGAGAGGCAGAAGCCUAUACGUCACGAUGACAAUCUCAAACCAGAAGGCGAAUUUGAACGCCCCGAGAAGACUCCAUUCCGACCAGCUGAACGUCCGAAACAGGUUAGACCGGAGGACAAUCUUCGACCAGAAGGUACAUUUGAAUCUCCCGAGAAGCCGAAAUAUCAACCAGGAGAGAGACAGAAACCUAUACGUCAUGAUGAUAACCUCAAGCCAGAAGGAGACUUUGAACGCCCUGAGAAAGCUCCAUUCCGACCUGCAGAGCGUCCAAAACAGGUGCGUCCCGAGGACAAUCUCAGACCUGAGGGAGAUUUUGAACGUCCUAAGCCAUCAGUUUAUCAUCAAGCAGAACGAUCACAAGUAAUCCGUCACGAAGAUAACUUAUUCCUUGAAGGAACCUUUGAAAGAACCGAAAAAACUAUUUAUGUGGCUGGUGAACGUUCUAAACCAAUUAAACACGACGACAACUUGAGGCCUGAAGGCGGCUUUGAGCGUCCUGAAAAGGCUCCAUUCCGACCUGCUGAGCGGCCAAAACAGAUUCGUCCAGAGGACAAUCUUAAACCUGAAGGAACUUUCGAAACGCCUGAGAAACCGAAAUACCAACCAGGCGAGAGACAGAAACCUAUCCGUCACGACGACAAUCUCAAACCGGAAGGAGACUUCGAAAGACCGGAGAAGUCACCAUUCCGACCAGCUGAGCGUCCAAAACAAGUUCGUCCAGAAGACAACCUCAGACCAGAAGGAGCAUUUGAAUCACCCGAGAAGCCAAAAUAUCAACCAGGGGAAAGACAAAAACCCAUACGCCCCGAUGACAAUCUUAGAACGGAAGGAGAUUUUGAGCGUCCAGUGAAGGUUCCAUUUAAGCCAGCUGAACGCCCGAAACAGAUUAGACCAGAGGACAAUCUUAGACCAGAAGGCGCUUUUGAGUCUCCCGAAAGGCCAAAAUACGAACCAGGUGAAAGGCAGAAGCCGAUACGUCAUGAUGACAAUCUCAAACCAGAAGGAGAUUUUGAAAGACCCGAGAAGUCACCAUUCCGACCAGCUGAGCGACCAAAACAGGUUCGUCCAGAGGACAAUCUUAAACCAGAAGGAGCUGAAACACCCGAGAAGCCCAAAUACCAACCAGGUGAGAGACAGAAACCUAUCCGUCAUGAUGAUAACCUAAGAACGGAAGGAGAUUUCGAACGUCCUGAGAAGGUUCCAUUUAGACCAGCUGAGCGCCCGAAACAGAUUCGACCAGAGGACAAUCUCAAACCUGAAGGAGCAUUCGAGUCACCUGAAAAACCAAAAUACCAACCAGGUGAAAGACAGAAGCCUAUUCGUCACGACGAUAAUCUCAGAACAGAGGGAGAUUUCGAACGGCCUGAAAAGGCUCCAUUCCGUCCAGCAGAGCGUCCAAAACAAGUUCGUCCGGAAGACAAUCUAAGACCCGAAGGAGCAUUUGAGUCACCAGAAAAACCAAAAUAUCAACCUGGUGAGAGACAAAAACCCAUCCGCCACGAUGACAAUCUUAGAACGGAAGGAGAUUUCGAGCGCCCUGAGAAGGUUCCAUUUAGACCAGCUGAGCGUCCGAAGCAGAUUCGACCAGAGGACAAUCUCAAACCUGAAGGAGCAUUCGAGUCGCCUGAAAAACCAAAAUAUCAACCAGGUGAGAGACAAAAGCCCAUUCGCCAUGGUGAUAACCUGAAGCCUGAAGGCAAUUUCGAGCGUCCUGAAAAAUCUGCAUUCCGACCUGCAGAACGUCCGAUACAAGUGCGCCCAGAAGACAACUUGAGACCAGAGGGGUCAUUUGAAACACCGGAAAAGCCAAAGUAUCAACCAGGAGAGAGACAGAAACCUAUUCGCCAUGGAGAUAACCUUCGCACCGAAGGAGAGUUUGAACGUCCUGAAAAAUUACAAUUCAAGCCCGCCGACCGCCCUAAACAGGUUCGACCUGAAGAUAAUCUGAAACCGGAAGGUACCUUCCAAGUACCUGAUAAGCCGAAAUAUCAACCGGGAGAAACAAAACCGAUACGCCAUGGAGACAACCUUAAACCAGAAGGUGAGUUUGAAAGGCCUAUGGAAAAACCGGGCUAUCAACCAGCUGAGAGGCCAAAACAAGUGAAACCUCAAGACAAUCUUCAUAUAGAAGGCGAGUUCCAUUCAUUGAAGCAAUACAAAGAACAGAAACAGCGUAAAGAAGCGGAGAUUAAAGAGGUUCAUGAGAAUGGUAUUUUGGAUGGUGCUGUAAUGGUAACCACUCAAACUGUGACAACGAUUCUCAAAGGCGACAAGCCGAAACCUACAGGUAAAACAAUAACUACAUCUGAAACAAAAGACAAUACUAGUCUGUCGCUUGCAUCCGAACGGCACCAGAAACAAAUCACUUCUUCAACUUCGCACAUCCACCAAGCUGAUGUGAAUCAGCAGCAUCUGGCUCAGAACAUUAUCGAUUCGAGAACAAUUCAGAAUGUUGACGGACAGACUAUAUCUAAAGAUACUCAAGAACGCAUUCAUUCUGGAACAGUUGAAAAGACUUCGAUGAGAGGAACUUCGUCAGCGCAUACUCAAUCAAUGAAAAAUAUAAUUCAGGGUACGAACAUUCAGGAACAACAUGCAACGCACAAAACAUCAAAAUCGUCUACAGGUCAGCAUAUUAUUCAUACAUCGGACACAACGUUUGGAGUUCCUCUUGGACAUGGCCCUCAUGAUGUAAAUAUUACGUCUGAAACGAUCAAAAGCACUAGGCAAGGAACUGACAAUCACCAUAAUAAUGUAUCCUCGCAACAUCUUACCAGUGGAAAAACGUCUACAUCAACUGCUUAUUCAUCGUCGACCACAUCCCAGAAGGUUAUUCAUUCUGGCGAACUCCAUGAACACCACGGACAUCAUCAACUUCAUACAUCGAAAAAUGUUGUGCCGCAAUCGGAUGUACAGCAGAAGAUAUCGUCACAACAACAUAUAUCUGGCAAGACAUCAGACCAUAAAACGUCGUCUACCAGUCAGAAUAUUGUCUUCUCAUCGGACGAUUCACAUGGUACACCUGCAGGACGUGCUACAUCGCACGAGCAUUAUUCAGGAUCGAGCGCUUCUUCAGCAAGUCAGCGUGUAAUUAUCGAUGGGAAUGUCGUCACGGACAAAACAGUCGCCCAUCAGUCAGGACUCGAGAAGGUUGUUGAGGAUGGAGUGGUUAAGGUUGAUAAAUCGUUCAAUGAGAAACGAUCGUCUGGAUUCGAUGGAAAAGUGUCAUUGCAAGGCUACGACUCCACGAAAACCAUCACCGGAAAAGAACGUUCGAAGAACAAUAUAAUACAUGGAUCGAGUGCUCAGCAGGACCAGUACAGGAAUGGUGUUGACAAAGGUGGAAGAACAGUAGUUGAUGAUGGUACCACUCAGGUGCAAGUAAAGAAACUGGUGGGAGGAAAAUGGGUCACUAGAACCAUAACUGAGAAGGUCUCCAAUGCACACGAUGUUCAAUCAGAUAAACGUAGUGCUGUUUCCAAGCAGGUCAUCAAAUCUUCCUCUAAUAGUAAUAUAAGUCAGCAUUCCAGUAGCAGCCAGAGUACGAAGCUCGUAGGUGGUAAACUGGUAUAUGUUAAGGAUUCUUCUGAUAGCACAGAUAAUUCGCAUAAGACGGGUCGAAACCAACAACGUGGUAGUUCCAGUAUUCAUCUCGGAGAGGAAAAUUCAAGCAUUUCCAAGCAUUCAACAACGUCCAAGAUUAUAGGGGGAAAAUUGGUUCAUGUAACAGCUAAUGAGGGUAAGGGCAGCAAUAUAGCCUCAACAGUCAAUGGGGCACAUAGCAAGUCUGUAGAUAAUAUAACACAUUCCGGAUCAACAUCUGUGACGAAAUCAUCGAAGACAGAAAGUAGUGAAACGAAGCGAACAGACUCAAGCAUCUCCCAGAUUAUGUCUCAUGACUCCGCCACUCAUGGUGACGAGAAGCUCUACAAUCGAAAGAGUACGUUUUCAUCGGAAAAUGCCGGUAAUUCUAUAUUAUGUCGACAACAGCAAUCCAAUGUUCACCCAUCGAACGCUAGUAGUAUGAGCGUUUCAGGGUCCAUCCAGCGGAAGAGCAUCUCUAACCUGAACGACAGUGCCAUGUAUUCUACAACGAAUCGAACCAGCUACAGUUCAUUGCACCGUCGAAAAGAGUCUGCAGACUCUCGAAUGCAGAACUAUUUGAAAACCAUAGAAUCUGGAACGAUCAACUCUCGCGCAAAGCUGCAACCCUGUCCUCCACCUACGUUGAACACGUCGACCAAUGUCACCACUAGCAGCAGCACCAUCGGACAGCAUUCCAGCAACAUGCAACAAACUAAAGUUUUGCGUGACUACCAUGCUGCGUUGAACACGACGAAGAGCUCCACGAAGUCCAAUGCAUCCAGCAUUUCGUUCGGAGAUGAUAACAGAUUCCACGGAACAAGUUCGUACAAGAUGCAGUAUGUUCAACAGAACGACGGCCGAUGCCCCGCCCAUGCCAUUAACGAUAACCAUAAGAUUUCGAAAGUAACUAAGCAGCAUACAUACUACAUGCACGAUAGAAGAUGAUUCCGUUAUUAUUUCGACAAUCCUGACAAAAUGCCUAUCGCAUUAAUAGCUGCUUGUUGAUGCUUACUUUAUAUUGAUAAAGUGAAUAAAUAUGACAAAAUAUUCUGUGCUUGAUGGAUACUUUUUUAUUUGUUAAACUAAUAUAUGUUAUACCAAUUUUAUGGCUUCGCUUUUGAAAUAAAAUAAAUAUACGAAUGAAA